AUACAUGCAAAAAAAUUGCAUAGAGUUAUGGGAACAAUAAUCUCAUUAAGCGGAGCAUUCAGUGAAGAAUUGUACAAAGGUCCUUUUAUAAGACCAGCUUCGUCUGCUUCCCCUACUCGUCUUCUAAAAUCAAUCCCUAAACUAUUGGUCUACUACAACAUCCCUGAUAAUUGGUUCCUCGGCUGUAUCUUUCUGGCGGCCGCUGUUUUUUCUGUCUCCCUAUUCAAUGUUAUUCAGACAGGGACGGUCAAAAAGUAUCCACACGUAAUGAAAGUGGCUUCGUUUUACAGCAUAGUCGGGACGAUCCAAUGCCUAAUAUUCUCGUUGUUUAUGGAAAGAGACCUAAGUGCAUGGAAGAUCGAGCCUAACUACGAUCUUUGCCUCAUUAUUGCCACGGGAAUUUUCGGAAGUGUAAUACGGACAAGCGUACAAGUAAAGUGUACCCAAAUGAAAGGACCAUAUUACGUGCCAUUAUUCAAACCCUUUGGCAUAUUUUGGGCAACACUCUUUGGUACCAGCUUCUUCGUCAACAGUCUUCACUACGGCAGUGUAUUAGGAGCAGUCAUAGGUGGCGUUGGAUAUUACACAGUUUCUUGGGGACAAUUGAGGGAAACCGAAGAAAAACAAAAUUCAAAAGAUGAAAGAAAACCCAUCAAAACUAUUCAUCAUCACGAAGAUGAUGAAUACAAAAUUCCAUUGCUUAUUAAUCAGGAAGAAAGUCCUGUGUGAAUUGUGUAUUAUUCGUUUUUUCUUGAGAAGAAAAGGAGGGUCGUUUAAAUAUUUUCUUGUCCUCUUUUUUUCUAUGUGGCGUAAGUAAGAAGAAAUGCGUGUGAGAGUGUGUUUAUUAUAUAAGUCGUCAGUGUCAAUGGGAGACUGCUGAAGUAGGCUUUUUGGUCCGAAACGCAAAAACCCCAAUGUAUAUACACGUAUUUGGAUAUGUAGACUGUAGAGCACUCUAUUAUGCUUUUACGUAAUGAAUAAUUUCCGAAAUGAUCGAUUGUAUUCCGGAUAUUUUAUAUGUUAUAUACAUUUGUA